AUGUCUAACGAAAACAUCAGUGAAACUCCAACAACAGUAGGAACAGCAGAACAACAAGACAAUGACCUUUUUGCUCAUGGUGAUGGCUUAUAUUGGACAUGUGAAUAUGAAAAGGCUAAAGAAUAUUUUCAAAUAGCUUUAAAUCAACCAUCAAUAAGUCUUCUUGAUGAAGUUCGAUGCUACAGUUCACUUGGUGCAGUCAACACUAAAUUACAAAAUUAUAAAGAAGCAUUAAGUAACUACAAUAGACAGCUUGAUAUAUUGUUACAACUGAAAAUAUCAAACAUCAAUGAAGCUGAUAUUGCCAAAUGUUGCAUGUCAAUCGGUAUGGUCUAUUGGCUGAUGCACGACUAUGCUCAAGCUAUUUACUCCAACAACCAAGCACUCGCCGCUCUUUCCACUGAUAACCAAGCUUUUGAUCUCACUUCAAACAUUUAUAAGAAUCUAGCUAAUCUACACACAAAACUAAAUGAGUUCGACUUGGCACUAACGUACUUUGGGAAAGCACUUGAAAUUGAUCGCCAACAUCUAAGAGAAGAUCAUCUAAAAUUUGGACAAACCUAUGCAAAUAUCGGAACGCUGUACUAUUCUAAACAAGAUUUUAAACAAGCAUUGAAUUAUUUUUUAAAAGCGCGUGAAACUUGGCUAAAAUCUCUGCCAAUGAGUCAUAUGUAUAUGGAAUCUAUGGAAAAGACAAUUCGCACUGUUCAAUCGAAACUAGUGAUUCCUAAUAUUCCAAGCAAUUCUCGAUGGGCAUCGAAUGGGGUGACUGUUGCUGGAGGGCAUGAACGAGGCAAUGCUACAACUCAACUCUGCAAUCCUUAUGGUCUUUUCAUUUAUGAUGAUCAAACGAUGAUCAUCGUCGAUUCCGGCAAUCAUCGUAUCAUCGAAUGGAAGAUGGAUGAGAAGAAUGGGUAUAUAGUAGCUGGUGACAAUAGUCCUGGGAAUCGAUUGGAUCAAUUGAAUUGGCCAACUGAUGUGAUAAUCGAAAAAGAGACAGACAGUCUUAUUAUUUGUGAUCGAGGGAAUCAACGAGUCGUACGGUGGCCUUGUCAUAAAGCCACAGCUCAAGGAGAAAUCAUUGUCAGUGACAUCAAUUGUUUCGGAUUGACUAUGGAUGAUCAGAAAUAUCUAUACGUCUCUGACACUGACAAUCAUGAAGUCAGACGAUAUAAAAUAGGAGACAAGAAUGGAACCAUCAUAGCUGGUGGUCAUGGUAAAGGUGAUGGCCUCAAUCAACUCAACUAUCCGACCUACAUCUUCGUCGACCGACAACAGACUCUCUACGUGUCUGACCAUGAUAAUCAUCGUGUGAUGAAAUGGAAUAAAGAUGGAAAUGAAGGAAUCGUCGUUGCUGGAGGCCGAGGUAAAGGAGAGACUCUGACACAAUUGUCGUUUCCUAACGGAUUGUUUGUCGAUACGUUGGGUACCAUCUAUGUGGCAGACUCGUGGAAUCAUCGAGUGAUGCGUUGGUCUGAUGAAGCGAAACAGGGCACUGUCAUUGUGGGUGGAAACAGCUGGGGAGGAGAAACAAAUCAGUUGCAUUUUCCCACUAGUUUGUCCUUCGAUCGACAUGGUAAUCUCUAUAUCGUCGAUCAGUUAAAUUAUCGAGUUCAACGUUUUUCAAUUGAAUAA